AUGGCAUCCUUUCAAAUUCUCUCCGACCUUCAUCUCGAAUCCCCCAACGCCUACGGCGUCUUCGAUAUCCCCGCCAAAGCCACCUAUCUCGCCCUCCUAGGGGAUAUCGGAAACGUUUGUGAUGCAGGUUUCUUCUCCUUCAUUGAGGCACAGCUAUGCAAGUUCCAACACGUCUUCCUCCUUCUUGGGAAUCAUGAACCAUUCAACUCCAGCUGGGCGGAGGUGAGACGCCAAAUCAAUGAGUUUUCACACAAGGUAGAAAAUCGCGCGCAGCACGACUCGACUCUGGGGUUUGGGAAAUUUGUGUUUCUGGAUCAGACACGCUACGAUGUUUCUGAGAAUCUCACUGUGCUUGGAUGCACACUUUACUCGCAUGUUCCCGCCGAGCAGGAGGAGAGAGUCAGUUUUGGCUUAAAUGACUUCUAUUACAUCAAGGACUGGACCAUUGUGGACCACAACAAUGCACACGCGGCAGAUCUGGCGUGGCUGAAUGACCAAGUUGCCACCAUCUCUACUGCAGAGUCAGAAAGGAGAAUCGUGAUUUUUACCCACCACAGUCCAAUUACUCAGGACCCCAGAGCGGUUGACCCGGCACACUCUGGCAGUGCGAUUAGCUCUGGGUUUGCGAGCGAUUUGAGCAGACAGGAGUGUUUGAGGAAUGCAAAGGUGUGCAUGUGGGCAUUCGGGCAUACACAUUUUAAUUUUGAUUUCUUGAUGCAGAGUGAGGAUGGGCAUCAGAAGAGAAUUGUGAGCAAUCAGCGGGGACAUUACUUCAGGCAAGCUCAGAGGUUCAAUGUGGAGAAAGUUGUGACAGUGUAG